AGUUGUAAAAAUGGUUAUCGCGGCGCUACUACUAACAGGUGCAUCUUUAACAGCUAGUGUGCUAGUCUUACAAAUUGCAGUAAUACCACUGUUGUUUAAAUAUAGCAAGUCCGUACAAAGAAAAAUUGUUUUCUCAAACUGCAUAAACUAUCCAAAAAAUCUUGACUUUGAAAGUCCUUCCAGCUGUAAUGUUUUGGGAGGUAGAAAUUGUAAAAUACAAUUUCAGUCGACUGUUGAUGAUAGUCCAAUCAAAUUAGGUGUUUGGCACAUCAUACCGUGUUCGCUAUUUCGAGAGUUAUUUGUGAUACACGAUUGCUUGACACUCGAACAAAGACUUCAAAAUGAGCUAAAUAAAUCGCAUAAUACUAUUGUCCUGUAUUGUCAUGGUAAUUCAAAUCACAGAGCGUCACCGCAUCGCUUGACUCUCUACAAAGUGUUUCAGGCGAUGAAUUUCCACGUCAUAACGUUUGACUACAGAGGUUAUGGAGACUCCAGUCGCGUACGUCCAACAGAGAAGGGCGUGGUCGAGGAUGCUCUCCAAGUGUACUCCUGGUUGAUGGAGUGCCUACAAGGAAACGACAAGGUCACUGUUAUUUUGUGGGGACACUCUCUGGGUACAGCGAUCGCAGCGAAUCUAGUUUCAAAUCUAGACGAACUUUGUUCUAACCGCGGCUCGGCCUGUCUUCCGCUUCCCAAGGCCCUGGUACUGGAAGCACCAUUUAACAACCUCGUUAACGAAAUCGAAAGGCAUCCAUUUUCAAAACUUGUAUCCUGGUUACCAUAUUACAAGGAUUCGUUCUUGAAGCCGUUCAGCUCGUCAUCAGAGUACAACUUCACGACGGACCAGUAUCUCAGCACCGUGACGAGGCUACCCGUGCUGAUUCUGCAUUCGAAAGGAGAUAAAAUAGUACCUUACGAUCUAGCCGUUAAGUUAUAUGAAUGUUUGAAGAGAUCGCGGGGUGAAAACGGAGCUCCACUUGAAUUUCAUGUGUUUGACAAGGGGCACAAUGAUAUUUGUGAAGCGCCCGGCUUGCCUCAAGUUAUUACAAAAUUCAUGAACACGAUCAAGAGUAGGGAAGCUGUUGAAAAUAAUAACUCAUUAUAA